UGUUAAAUCUUUAUUUCAUUUUGUCAACAAAAUUCUUAAAAACCUUAAUUGUUUCCUGCGGACCGUUUCUGACGGCGAGUUAAUUUUAGUCCUGAGCGUUGGUGGGCCAAAGUCAUUUCCUCCCAUACUUCAUUUUGUGUCAAGUUUUCAAGAGAAUCUAAAUAUUUCCGUUCUUGUGAAACUCACCUAUAUAUAUACUUGAAUUAUUUGAUUUUACACGAAGGGGAUGUUUUGGAGUAAAUGUCAAAAACUGGCUUCAAUUAACCCAAAGUGUUUUCAAUAAUACAUCACUAACAGCGCUCAGUACGACACAACGGCCUUAUCAUGCUGGUGUGGGGGACAUUUUAAUUGGUUUUUUGUUUCAAACCGGAGAUAAUCGUGUUGUAUGGUGGCAUCGCAGUUUCGUAAUGACAUUGCCGGUCACUGUGGAGUUCAAAUUAGUUGUCAUCUGAAAAAGAAAGUUGGGAAAAUCUUCAUCUAACCCGUCUAUUCCAUAUCAUGUGGACCGUCCGAAAAUUGUGCAUAUUGUCUGUGAUAUUAUUUAUUGAAGGUAUUAGAAGUAUAAGAAACGCCGAAUCAGAAGCGGUCUCUUCUAGAUAUAGUAAUUCUGACGUAUGUAGCGAUUCAAGUCACACAGUUCUAGACGAGAAAUGGCGAGAAGUAGGCAGCGAGACCUCUGGUAAAUGCGAUGAAAAGCUACAAGAAGGCUGGUACAGGUUCUUAAUCAAUGGCAAGAAUGCCCAGCUGCCUACACUCUGUAUAAAGAAUAAGGCAUGUGGGACUGUGGUGCCGCUUCGUCUGGACCUGCAGGGCAUGCAGCUUCCGCCUGUAAACCACUCGAUCCGCGCCUCUGUGUGUGGGUCCUACACUAUCCUUCACAAGUGGGAUUGCUGCGUGUUGAGACAGCCCGCCCUGGUCCAUAACUGUGGUGCGUUUUACGUCUAUAGACUAAGUCCACCCGAUCGAUGUGAUGUAGGAUACUGUGUAAUCAGCGAUGGUGAUUUAAUGAAGAUGCACGCUUUUACUGCGAAAACGGGAGAACCUUCACACGAACGCCCAAAACCAACAUAUCUACCAUCUACUACAAAAGAAAAAGGAUGUUCGUCCAACGAGCGUCGCUGUCCUGAUGGAUGUGUUCCGUUGUCUCAAAGUUGUCCGAUGACGCUGGACUUUAACCCAGUUCAUGUACAGCGACGAAUAGUGCACACGUUCGAUACAAUUAGACAAAAACAUUAUUUCACAAUUACAACAAGAAAGACAACGAAAGCAAGAACGACAACCCAUGCUGUGACCGAACCAAGGGAAGGUAGCACGGGACAUCACACACAGCCUAUAUAUCGAUAUGAACCGUUUCCUUCCACCACGGAACGUCCGAAAGCGAGCACAAAUAUCAACAGAAGCGUAUUUACCACGGUGAUAUCAGCCAUUACGACCGCAGAGAACGAGGGGUCUCCGACAACUGACCGUGAAGACUCCGUACCGUCCACUGCCGCAGUGGUCAGCGCUUCACACGAGUCAGGUACUGGCGCGACCGAGGGGAUAAAGGAUCUACUGGACGAUUCAACCAAGUCCACUCUGUCUGAUGGCGAUCGAAAGAGGACAGAAUCCACUGAUGUUACCACUCAUGAAAUGUCGGAAGCUACUGUGGAAAAGUCUCGAGUGACGACAACCACGACUUCACCAACAGGCGACCAUACUGGUGUUCAUCAUGACAAUCAAAACGAACAGCCGGUUGCCGGGAACACGUAUUGUGGGGUCAUUCUAGCUUUCGAAUUUGAAGCCUCCUACGCACAGAAUACAAAUUUCACACGGUUUAGGAAGAGGUUACAGGUGGUGUUCGCCUCCUUGUUGAAUAUCUAUUAUGUGGAUAACCACGGUCUUUACAUGAAUGGGAUUUUCUCGUGGAGGACGCGAUAUCACAGAGAUACCGUCAAAUCAUAUACAUCGACUCAAGUUCAUUUUGGACAGGGUAUCCAUAACCAAUCAUAUUACUUCAUAACACUGUUUGCAGAGGAUAUCUUCAAUGCUGUUCUGUACUUACCAGAUAGAGUUAUUUCGACCCUUCUUCACAACUCUACAGUCAUCAGUUACAUUCAGCGAGAGAUUAAAGAUUUCCACGUCACUUUCGUAAAUACAACAACCAAUAAAACGGAAGUGAUGUCAACUGAAGUACCGCCCCGAUCGACUCCUCUACUGUUCGCUAACCUGGGGCUCUGCAUGGCUGCUGUUGUUCUUAUUUCCAUCUGCCUUGUCUGUGGACUGAUUGCAAUUCUGAAAGCGAAAAGCAAAAAUCGGUGUAUGAAACUCCGAAGAAAGUCUGGGCAAUAUUACGUUAAGUGGGAGCAAGCGCUGAAACGGGAUGUAUGUAAAGGCAUAGAAUAUAUAGAGAACCCAGUCAAGGACAAGGAGAUUGGCAAGAGCGAUAUCUCGGUGAAGCAAAAUCUCAUCUCUCCAAAAGAUAAAGAUUCCAGAGAAGAGGAGGAAAAUGCGGCGAACGACCUGCGCGGGAAAGAGAGAACAAGAGACAGUUUCUGGGCUGUGACAAGUACCGGAUAUCACGAGUCUGAUGUUGUUCAGGGAUUACAAACAAAGUUAUAGUUAAUGCGUUCACUUUUGUUUCACGCAACAACUAUCCACUAGAGGGUGUGGGCAUUAAUUUGUGCAAAGUCGUCUUCUUGCCAGUUUAGAAUUUGAAUGAAAACUUAUAUGAAAAGGUUUGUGUCUAUUACAGACCUAACUGAAUAUUGCACCUAGUCAAAAAUGUCCAUGCACAUUUUAUCUAACGUUUCUGUUCAAACUAUCGACAUAGUGCGUGUAAGAUUUGAUAGCAAUAUCAAGUUACACGUGGUUUAAGUGAGUUUUUUUUCUAGCCGCUAUUGCUAAAUGUUUUCGAAGGAUGUACAUUGUCUUCAUAUUUAAAUUAAAAUUAUACAUACAUAUGUAGAUGCAUUUUUCAAAUCGAAGUCCAAGUGUUACCACUGCUUUUUAUCUUGAAUGAACAGAUUUAAUUUAUAAUAAUUUUAUUCACAAAAAGUGAAAGUGAUUGGGCAGCAGGUGUAGCCUAUUUUAGCCCUCUCCCAAAAUGAAUGAACAGAUGCCUUUUGAUACGGGUAUGAAAACACAUUCCAGCGAUAAUACAGUGACCAUUAAAUCAUUAAGGGGAAAAUAGCAAUAUCAUAAAGUACACAUUUCAAAUUGUAAUCUAUAUCAGCCAUCAAAAUUAAUAGCGUUGUCGUAAUAGGUUUAAAAGUUCUAGAGCUUGUGUUUAUUUGUUAUAUGUAAAAUAGUGCCGACUUCAAAUAUAGAUUACUACUGAUUUAUGUUGGUGCAUAACCAGCAUUGAUAAAAUUUAGAUCCGAAUGUGUUCCAGUUUUGCAAUAUUUUCACAUAUAUACUAGAAGCAGAAAAUAAUAUUUUGUUAGAUAUAGGCAAAACAUAUAUUUUUAAGACUAGUAUCUGCCAAAAGAAUUUUUAUGAUUUUAACAAUAAUAUUAUCAAUCUGAUCAAUUCAGAAUCAAUAUUAACCGAUUUUCGAUAGCAUUCAUAUAGCUAAUUCCGGUAGCAUUGCUCUCAUUGGCCAAGACAUAAAAAGUAGCAUAUAUCCAGGAUAGGAUUAGAAUAAUUAGCUUGACUAGCAAUCAAAUCAGCAAACAUUGCUAACCUUAGAAAUCAGCAAACAUCGCUAUAUUGUAACAAUGAAAAUCAGCAAACAUCGCUAUAUUGUAACAAUGAAAAUAAGCAAACAUUGCUAACAUUGAAAAGCAGCAAAUAUUCCUAUAUUGCUAACAUUAGAAAUCAGCAAACAUUGCUAUGUUGUAACAUUGAAAUCAGCAAACAUUGCUACAUGUAUAUUAUAACAUUGAAAUCGGCAAACAUUGCUAUGUUGUAUCAUCAGAAAUCAGCAAGGAAAGCAAUGCGGAAAACUAUCAUUGACACUGGAACAUGAUAAUAGUUUCCUGCACUGAUAAGAUUAUCAUCAGUUUCGAUCCCUGAAUCUAAAUAACACGUUCAUUACCUUACGAAUUAAAUGCACUCAGAGAAUGAAGUAGAGCUUCAGAGUUGUGUUAGACCUCCACAUACCUACAUGUACCUCUCACAGCUGGAGGUUAAUUUUGUAAUUAUAAUCAAAUGCAUGGUCGAUAAAAUACACACAGGAAGACUGUACCGUGGGGAUUGUAAGGGCAUUGAUUUAUUCAAUAUGGCAUUUGGAAGAGAAAGGAUAUUUGAAAACAUUGAGACAAAAACAAACACAGCAAGGUGUUGCAUGCGUAUUUACCUGUACCGUAUCUAGCGAAAAUGGGGGUUUCUAUAGGUCCUGUCUUCCAAGACUAUAGGCAUUCACAACUUAAAUAUCAGUUUUUGUUUAACGUUGUAAUUGAUUUAUCAGAACUUCCUACAGGCGGUAAAAAGGAUAUACAGAUAACUAUACGCAUACAGUGAUAUAUUGCUUUUGAAACAUUAGGUUGUGUAAUCAUUAUUUAUUUAUUUUGUAUUCAUAAUUUAUGAAUUGUAUGUGCUUCAGGGUAAUCAAACCCAGUCAAAUAAAACUAAAAAGUUCCA